AUGCAUCAGGUUAAUGGGGCAAUCACAGUGACAGAACAGUGGGCAGUGGAAGGUGAGAACAAGAAGGCCCCAGUAACAGUGGAACUCAGUAGUCAUGGCUACAACCCCAGAACCAGUGGAACUCAGUAGUCAUGGCUACAACCCCAGAACCAGUAACAGUGGAACUCCGUAGUCAUGGCCACAACCCCAGAACCAGUAACAGUGGAACUCAGUAGUCAUGGCCACAACCCCAGAACCAGUAACAGUGGAACUCCGUAGUCAUGGCCACAACCCCAGAACCAGUAACAGUGGAACUCAGUAGUCAUGGCCACAACCCCAGAACCAGUAACAGUGGAACUCCGUAGUCAUGGCUACAACCCCAGAACCAGUAACAGUGGAACUCAGUAGUCAUGGCCACAACCCCAGAACCAGUAACAGUGGAACUCAGUAGUCAUGGCCACAACCCCAGAACCAGUAACAGUGGAACUCAGUAGUCAUGGCCACAACCCCAGAACCAGUAACAGUGGAACUCAGUAGUCAUGGCCACAACCCCAGAACCAGUAACAGUGGAAACUCAGUAGUCAUGGCCACAACCCCAGAACCAGUAACAGUGGAACUCAGUAGUCAUGGCCACAACCCCAGAACCAGUAUCAGUGAACAGUCUGAGGAAAACCACCAGGCUUGGAGGUUUAUAUCAAAUCUAGCCUCACUCAUAUCUCACUGAAAUUACACACAUAGGCCUACACAAACAGAAACCACAUCACAGUUUACAAAAUCUGUAUUGACCAACAUGUUUGUGGAAUUGUCAAUAUCUAAAACUUCAAAUACCAAUUGUACAAUCCAAUACCUCUACUGCACUGAUGUAAAAGCCACUGAAUGGGAAAACCAAUGGAAAUGAAGGAUCUAACGAUUUCCCACUUGUCCUUCCGUAGGUCUGUGGAUAACCAGCUCAACAAUGCCUAAAUCCAAAUCACAAAUAUCACACUCAUACUCGGCUCCACACCACUCAAAAUCCUCUCGGAGGCCCUUUCCAAAGCAACACUCUCUAAAAGGUGUCCACCCGGAAAUAACCCCUGUUAUCUCCUACUGAACUCAAGCCAAAGGUCACCAGCCCUUCCCUGAGACCCCCUGCCUGCCCUCUGACCCCACAGACUGUAGUCUGGUUGGCCGUGGUGAUCUGCUCCUGUGUGUUCUCUGCUCUGUUGGGCCCGGGCGUGUCCGCUGGAGAGACCUGGGGCAUGGUCUCCAUCUGUCCCUUCCACUGUGUGUGCCGAAACCUCUCAGAGUCUCUGAGCACGCUCUGUGUCAACAAGGGCCUGCUGUUCGUACCUCCCGACAUUGACCGGCGCACCGUGGAGCUCCGUCUGGCUGACAACUUCAUCCUGGAGGUGGGAAGGGUGGACUUUGCCAACAUGUCAGGCCUGGUAGAGCUAACUCUGUCCAGGAACACCAUCCAUGCCCUGAAACCUCUGGCCUUCGCUGACCUUGAGAGCCUGCGCUCACUCCACCUGGACACCAACCGGCUGACAGUGGUGGGGCCAAAAGACCUGUCCGGCCUGACCAACCUGCAGCACCUCAUCAUCAACAACAACCAGCUGACCGACGUCUCCACCGAGGCCUUUGAUGACUUCCUGCAGACGCUAGAGGAUCUGGACCUGUCCUACAACAACCUGAGGAAGGUCCCCUGGGAUGCCAUCCAGAACAUGGCCAGCCUGCACACCCUCAACCUGGACCACAACCUCAUAGACCACAUCGCAGAGGGCUCCUUCGGAGAACUCUACAAGCUGGCCCGUCUGGACAUGACGUCCAACCGGCUGCAGACUCUGCCCCCCGACCCCCUGUUCACCCGCUCCCAGACGGGCGUGGUCAGCCCCACCCCCUAUAACGCUGUCAUCAGCCUGAGCUUCGGGGGGAACCCCCUGCACUGUAACUGUGAGCUGCUGUGGCUGAGGCGGCUGAUCCGCGAGGACGACAUGGAGACGUGUGCCACUCCCGUCCACCUGGCCGGGCGCUACUUCUGGUCCAUCCCAGAAGAGGAGUUCACCUGUGAGCCUCCGCUCAUCAUGCGCCACUCCAACAAGCUGUGGGUGCUGGAGGGCCAGAGGGCCACACUGAGGUGCCGUGCCAUCGGAGACCCAGAGCCAAUCAUCCACUGGAUCUCCCCAGACGACCGCAUCGUGGCCAACUCCAGCCGUGUGCACUCCUACUACAACGGCACCCUGGACGUGCUGGUGACCCGUGCCCGUGACGAUGGGGCCUACACCUGCAUCGCCAUCAAUGCUGCCGGGGAGGCUACGGCCCUGAUAGACCUGAAGAUCAUCCCCCUCCCUCACCGCGGCAACAACACCGUCCCCCUAACCAGCCCUCGAGGGGAUCCCGGGUCCUCAGACAUCUCCAGUGGGAGAAGAGGAGGGGCAGGCUGGAACAGGAAGGGUGGUGGAGGGGUGGUGACCGUCAAGAACACCACAGAGGGGGAGAGUGGAGAGAGGGGGGAUGGAGAUGCCAGUGCCAGUGAGCAUUUGAUGGGGGUCAUGGGGGUGACUGCCACCUCUGCCCAGGUGCGCUGGGUCCUGGGCCAGGCCACUGGGCCAUACCUGGUGUGGAUGUACCAGAUCCAGUACAACUGCACUGCAGACGAUGCCCUGGUGUACAGGUAAGCUCCCCUCAGCGACACAGCCAUGCUACAGAACCUGAGAGCCAGUUCCAACUGGGUAAGCAUGAAUCGAUCAGGAGGCUAGAUGCAAAACAAACACCUCUGUGUGGUCUAUUGUAAUACUGUCAUGUACAAAACACCCCAGUGGUUUUACAAUUGAUCUGAGUUAUCACAGAGUGUCCUUGAAUGACAAGGACCAGGAGUGAUGAACAUGAACACUGACACAUGAAUUAAAGGAGAGCAGGCGUAGUGGACUGUAAAGUAUGAACAAGGGAUUUAUAGAGGGAUAGGAAGGAGAUGGGAAGGGAGAUGGGGCAAUGGAAGGAGAGCGAGAGAGAGAGCGAGCGAGCGAGCGAGAGAGAGAGAGAAGACUGUGGGAAAAGGAGGAUGAAGUCCUUAUAAAAGAGUGCAAGCUGCAGAUCUGAGGACAGUGUCACAUCCCAUCAGUCUGACAAAUGGAGAUGAAUAGGGAGAUUGUGGGUUUGGGUCUAGGGAACACUGAACCCAGGUAGGGAGAGGUACCUAAAUAGACAUGCAGUGUUUUAUAUCAAAUACUGAACGAUUCUCAAGGACUUGUCAGGACAUUGUCGACAAAACACACUAAUGCGUGCGCGCACACACACAGCUGUCAGAAUGAAAAACGGGAAGAAAGCCUCCCAAUUCGCCAUUUCCAUCUCUCAUCCCCCACUAAGUCAGGAAGUGAUGGUUAGUCUCAUACGCUAAACAUUUGAUGCCUCAUAAUAUCCCAUAAUUCCCUGAUGUCCCAAUCAGGACAGGUGAACUGCUUGUUAAGCCUUCCAAGAGAAAAUAAUAAGUAUGCAAAUACACACAUUUGGAUGACUAAUAUAUGCCAAGGUAUAUGUAGUCUUCAUUGCUAAAUAAGAUGGAUGACGGCAAACAUUAAUUUGUACCGUCCCUGGGACUCCAUCGCUCAUUUGUUUAAACAGCAUAUCCCUUUGACAGGUUUUCAAUAGAGCUUACAAUUCAUUUAUUCACCUAAUAUAAGCCUAUGGAGAUAAUAGCUCGCACAUUCUGAGUUAAUGUUCCGCGUAAAGCCCAUCUUUCCAAUUUUCAUUACAAAUCCUGCAUGUAAACAACAAAAUGUAUUAACAAAGUAAUUUGUAACCCAAAGCUAGAGAUCAUUUGAGGAUAGUGUGGAGGAAUGAGGGAGAGCAAGGGCACCAGAAAGGGUAACUGCCCGCCAGAUGAGAUUAGAAAUUACUCAAGGUCUGCCUUGGAGAGCUCGCAAUUACCUCUCAAUGGUAAAUGCAUUCAUCACCCGUAUUUAUAUGCUGUCCAAUAAAUUUUCAUUACUGUUCUACACUUAUAUACACAGCCGUCUGAAUCCAUCCGACAAGCUGCAGCAUUUAGGAAGAGAUUUUCUGACAAGAGCAGUCGGUUGGAAGACCGGGAGGGGUGAAAGACUUUAAAAACGCCAGAGUGUUUGCCAUCUCGUCCUUCCUGGCAUACAGUGUUUGGCCUGGGGUAGUGGUAAUUGGGAUGCGAGUAUGUGUCACUGCCUCAGAGUUGUCUUGAAUAGCUCAUCGCUUGGCAUGACACGUUUCAGAGGAGAUGAAAAAACCUUCGUAAACAGACUCUGGUCUAGUCCGCCUCCCGUUUUCCUGAAUAUCAAUCUCAGCCUCUAUUGGCCUUCUCCCUCUACAGCAGAGUAUUAUUGAUUAAGCCCAUUUCCACAACAAAGGAGCAGAUCUGACGCUGCCUCCUUCCUCUAGCUGGAUGCUCAUUAUCAUCAUUAGCGUUUAGGAGUUGUACUGUAGCUUAUUGCAUUUCAUUAGAUUUAUCUCCCUCUCCUAGCUGCUCUCAGAGAUUAUCUUUCUCAUCUCAGCAAAUGACUCAAUAUCCUUUUUUUCCCCCAUUACUCCUCAACCCCCCCCCCCCCCCCAUUAGGAUUCUGCCUCCUACAAGCAACUCUUUCCUGCUAAAGAACCUUGUGUCUGGAGCAGACUACAGCCUGUGUGUCCUGGCCAUCUUUGACGACGGGUUGUCCACCCUGGCCACCACCAAGGUCCUGGGCUGCACCCAGUUCAGCACCAAGGAGGACUUCCCAGAGUGCCGCUCCCUGCAGGCGCAUUUCCUGGGCGGCACCUUGACAAUCAUGGUGGGCGGGGUCAUCGUGGUGACGCUGCUGGUGUUCACCGUGGCGAUGAUGGUGAGGCACCGCGUCUGUGGAGACUGCCAAGACGAAGGCCACUACCCUGCCCAUCACCAUGACGACUUCCUGCCCUCUAAGGGAGAAGUGGACGUUUACGCUCAGACCAAUGGGAACGGGAGAGUGAUGAUGGUGGCGCUGCCCAAAGGCAUUCUUGGCCAACAUGCUAAGCCCCUGCCAUCGAAAACCAAACCCCAAGCCAAGAACAAGCCCAGGACACCGUCAAAGUCAACGCUUGACUCUGAUCAGCUCAGUGGAGAGAGAAAGGCUGAGAAGCAGGGUCUGGAGGUGGGCAUGAAGGGGAAAAGAUUCCCCCCUUUCACCCCUGAGAGUGAGAGAGUGACACUGUACUACUCCCCUGCCAACACCUCCCAAACCUUACCCCAUCCCAGAGCUCACAAGACCCUGAGACACUCAGGCAAGCUCAAGCUGCGCCGCUCUGAGGAGAGGGAGAGUGACUUGGACAAAAUGGUGGGCUCCAGAUGCAGCCUGGACUCUGGGGCCCAAGGGGAGGAGGAGGGGCGGGUGAAGGACUGGAGGAGGGGCGAUCGUCCGCCACUCGGGAGGACACGCAGCUGCUCCUUUGACGUGGGCGAGAUCACCACGACAACCUGCUACAGCUAUGCCAAGCGACUGAGUGUGAUAUGGAGCAGGAGGAGCCAGUCGGUGCACGGCAUGCUGGUCCAAUGCGCCUCAACGGCCAGUUCAGCGAGCAGCAUGGGCAGCGAUCACAACCCCCCUGCCCUCACACAUGGCUACCUGCACGCCUUCAACACCUCCAACUCCAAUUCCAAUGUGGCUGCCAAAGAUCUGGAGGAGUGUGUUGUGUAG